CGUCAGGAGGAGGAAGAAGAUGAUGAGGAAGCUUGGGAAGAUGACGAGGAAGAAGUUCAAGGCUGCAUGAGACAUGUGGCAAACAUUCAAAAUAAUGUGGCCAAUUUUUGGCAGAAAUAUAAAAAAAUUUUCAAAAUGUGCUUUUUGUUUCUUCUUGUUGUUCUCUACUUCGUGUAUUUCACGUUCGCUCUCAAGUAUCACUUUGGCGACGAAGGUUCGAUACGAUUGGUGUGGGUGACCUCUCUGGCAGUCUUCGGCAUCGUCGUGUCCUUCAUCAUCGACAAGUUUGGAGAAGACAUCCACAAAAUUUUGAGUCCGCUCUUAAACUUCGUCCACAAAUAUACUAACUUCAUCAAUUGGUUUCUGUUGGCCAGCAUAUUUGUAGGUGUCAUAAUAAUGUUGAUUGUUGACCUGACGAGCAAGUCAGCCGAGUUGUAUAACUUGGUGUCUCUGAGCGGCGUUGUCGUGUAUGUUCUGCUGCUCUUCAUCUUCUCAGUCAGUCCCGCUAAGGUAAAAUGGCGAACAGUAUUGUGGGGAUUCGCCCUGCAGCUGGCGUUCGCUCUGAUGAUCCUGCGCUGGUCGUUCGGGUACAACGCGUUCAAGUGGCUGGGGGACAGGGUGGCCGAGUACCUGGCCUACAUCGACGCUGGAUCCGAGUUUGUCUUUGGAAAGAGUUUCAAGGAUCAUUUUUUUGCUAUGCAGGUCUUGCCGACGGUAAUCUUUAUUAGCUCGACAAUCACGAUCCUCUUCUACCUGAACGUCAUGCAGUGGGUCAUCCUGAAGAUCGCCUGGGUCAUGCAGGCCUGCAUGGAUACAACCGCAGGGGAGUCAGUCAACACCGCUGGAAAUAUUUUCAUCGGCCAGACCGAGGCACCUCUCCUGAUCCGCCCCAUCCUUCCAUCCAUGACCAAAUCGGAAAUCCACGCUGUCAUGACGGGCGGGUUCGCAACGAUUGCCGGUGGAGUCCUGGCUGCUUACAUUCUUUUUGGCGUUCCUGCCAACCACCUGCUGUCUGCUUCCGUCAUGUCUGCUCCAGCCGCACUCGGAAUUGCCAAGCUCUCCUACCCUGAAACGAAAAAAUCUCUCACGACUGCAAAAAAAGUCAAAGCUCUCAUUGAAAAAUGCCCUGAAAAGAAUAUCGUGGAGGCAGCAGCAUCAGGAGCAUCAGCAGCCAUCCCACUGGUGGCCAACAUUGCAGCCAAUCUUCUGGCGUUCAUCGCUCUCCUGGAGUUUAUGAACGCUACACUUACCUGGUUCGGCGACAGAGUAGGUUCUUCACAGCCAAUCACAUUCCAGCUCGUUAUAUCGUACAUUAUGUUGCCUUUUGCCUUGGUCAUGGGUGUGAAAGUGCCGGAUUGCCGGAAGGUCGGACAACUGAUUGGUGUUAAAACAUUCAUCAACGAGUUCGUGGCUUUUGAAGAAUUAGGAAUUUUCAUUGACAACAGAAAGAAAUUCGAUGAACACGUGCGGCUGAAUGGCACGUGGGAGUACUCGUCGACGAACGACGACAUCAUCCUUCAGCAUCCAUACGGCAAUUCAACCGUACUCAAACAUGGAGUUAUUGAGGAUCGAUCGGUGGUGAUCUCAACGUAUGCCCUCUGCGGCUUUUCCAACAUAAGCUCCAUCGGCAUACAGAUCGGAGCCUUCACCGCCAUGGUGCCCUCCAGAAAGAAAGUCUUUUCAAAAAUUGCUGUACGAGCCAUGAUUUCUGGCAGUGUGGCGUGCUUCAUCACUGCUUGCGUGGCUGGUUUGUUCUACCGAGCCGAAGUUUGAACUGUCUCCUGUGAUGCUGUGAUGUUGUGAUACUGUGAUGUUGCGAUAUUGUGAUAAAAUAGUGCUGAUGUGGUGCUUAUUUAAUUAUGUUUCAAGACUGAUUUAAUUUUAAUAAAUGCACACACGUGUUAAGAGUUACACAAAACUUAAAAAGAUGUAAUUUCGGUAUAUAUGCAUAAUAUGAAUAGAUAAACAAAUAUAUAUCAUAUAUAUGUAUAAGUGUUUCCGUGUGGAGGCUUUUAAUUAUUUGUUUGAUGGAGAAAAAAUGUGUGAACAUGAAGUUUCAUUUGCAUAACUUUCAUAUUGUUUAUCCAAAUGAUAAACAAUAUAUUAAACAAAAUUUUUCUUAUUGUUGCAAAAAGUUAAUGCUUUCUGUAUUUUAGAAAUUAUUGCCAAAUGCCCUUCUGUGCGAGACCCAUAAACAUUAACUAGCGAGCAGGGGCAAAAUGAUAGUUUCUAUGGGCUCGUACUCUUCCAUUAUGAAUUAAUCAUGUAUCGAAAUGGAUAGCUGGUGGGAUGAUGAUGGAACUAAAAAACGCUUGCCACAUAAUUGUAAGGUCUGACUGAAUGCUGCAUGAAGAUUCUGUUGCCACAAAACCAACAUCCAAAUGGAGCGCUAGAUUUUUACGCUGUAUGUACAUUUAUUAAUUUUUAUUUAAUUAUUAAAAGCAAAAUAUUUAUAAUCUUUCGGCUUGGACCACACACGUCUUUCAUUAAAAGGUCAAUGUUUGCCUGGUGACGUGACAUGAAAAUUAGUCAUCUCCCUGUGCUAGCAGUCGUUGAUUGUGUUGAUGAUUGUGCUAAUUUUAAUCUUUGGAGAUAUUUGCUUACUUUCUCUGUGUGGAGCUUAAUGUUUAAUUUUCUUAAACAAAUAUUUACAAAUUUCAAUAACAUCAGUUGGUUAGUUUUCUCAAACUUUAAUUAGCAAGCUCUGUUGUAUGUAUAUUGUAUUUAACAAUAUAUAUAUAUAUAAAUAUAUAUAUAUAUAUAUAUAUAUAUGUAUAUAUAUUAGUAUAAGGCCAUUAUGUACACAAUUUUCAUUAAAUUCUAUCGGUAUUGUAUAAAUUAAUAAUUUUAAUUUUUGUAAUUUAUCAUUUAUUUUAUUAAUUAAAUUGAU